AGUUUUCCUGAGUGUGGCAACUCUAAAGCUAAGCAAAACAAAAACAGUAAAGAAAUUUAAAAGGUCAUUGUUUAUCCGUAGUAGCGGCUAAAUUUGGAAACGAUUUUGAGUUGGAUAGAAGAAGAUGCCCAGCCGCUGGUUAUACUUAGUGGCUGCAGCACUGCUGCUGCUCCUAUUCCACCAGCAGACCUGUGACGCAGCAGUCACCCAGGCGCCUCCAAAAGGGGAGGCAAUCGCGGAGCAGAGUGCGCCGGUUGCCGAGGUGGAGCCCAAAAAGCAGUCUGUGAAGAAGGACCAACCAGAGGAUCCUUUGGCGGGUCCAAAGGAUUCCAUGGUGGUUGUGGACAAGGGGGCACCUGCUCCGCCUGCCCCGGCUGCUCCUGCAGCUCCGGCUGCCCCAACUGCUCCGGCAGCUCCACCAGGCCCCCAGGCAGAUGCCAAGGCACCGGAAUCGGUCCACGCCACCGGAACUUUUCCCGAGGACGAUGUGCAUGUUGAACUAUCACAUAGGACCCCCGAUAUGGACUUCCCCGGCCAGGCCGUGGUCUACAUCUUAGUGGGCAUCACCAGUACAGCCAUUCUACUGCUCGUAAUGAGAGUUUAUCGGCUGCGUCUGUCGAGAGCGGAGCGCAAGUACGGCGUACAGGGCGACCGGGCCAACCAGGAGCUGACACCACUGCCGAUGGCCAUCGAGGACGUGAACAGCGACGAAGAGGACCACACCCUGUUCGAGGUCAAUCGUCAGAACAUACGCAUAUUAUGAAAUAGCAAACACGAGCACACGCCAAAGAUCCGUUUGGCUGCACCGCCAUUUCCCACACUUCUCAGCAGAUCUUGCCUUAAUUCGUAGCUAUUUAACGCUUUGUAGAUUUGCGCUGUAGCUGCCAGCCAAGUAGCUCACUAAGCCCACUAAUAACUAAGUUCUGUGCAUUUCUCCCACUCGCAGUUGGUUCAGGUUUAACGAAUCAAAAAGAAAACAAAACCACUUGUGAUAACGAUUACGAUGAUAUAUCUAUGUCUAUAAGUACGAAGAUGCCGCUGAAGCCCCGAAGGCAUUAAAAAUCUCAAAAGUACCGAUGCUUUCAACUCGCCAGUGCGUGGAUGUUCCAUAUUAAUAAAUGUUAUAUUAAAUAUA